AUGUGUGGACAGCGAGCCCUUGUGGGUGACAGGCUGAUUAAUUCUCAGGCGGUGGCCAGCAGUAAGCAGUUAAUAAGUCAGUGGUGAGUUAGACUGUGUAUGGCACCCCAGAGAGGGUUCCAUUACCAACCACUACAAUUACCCUGCUGUUAUAAGUCUAUGGUACCACUUUACUGUGGCCUCAAAGCACACGUACACAGACAUUACAGACACACCCCUAUACGCGCACACACACACACACACACACACACACACACACACACACACACACACACACACACACACACACACACACACACACACACACAUUUCCAUCUUACCUGCUGUGUAGGCUGGUGGAGAAGCAGGGCUGUUGGUCUCACUGUACACACUGCUGGCCAGGGUCAGGGAAAGAAAAACGCUGCAAAGCUGGAUGAUCAUUUUCUCGUUCUUUUUUUUUCACACCAAGGGGCCUCUUCACUGGAAAUGCAAAAAAAAAAGGCAAAAAGAAAAGGCACACUAAUUAGCAAGGUAACGAAGGAAUCAGAAUCAAGAGUUCUUGGUUUGUUUUCUGUCUUUCUUUCUUAUUUUCUUUCUUUCUUUCUUUCUUUUAUGAGGUGUGCCAGUCACCCUGGAGCAGCAGCCACCGGUAGUGCUACUGGAGAGUUUGGGUUCCUCAGAUAUGAGGUCCCUUUUAUUGCAUCCCAGCAUGGCUGAGACCACUCCCCCUCCCCUCCCGCUCUACACAGCUCUGUAUAGGCUUCCCUCAGCCACGUCAUUUAUGAACAGCUCUCCUCAACCUCCCCACAACGUUAUGUUCCUCCACGCAGGCCUCCCAGAGGAGCAGAAAAGGUACACUGUAUUGGCCUCAAAGUGUUCCCUUUGUUGAUGUGACACCUCCAGGACUUAGUCCACUGAACAAAGAAACACCUCCAGAACUUAAGUCCACUGAACAAAGAAACACCUCUAGGACUUAAGUCCACUGAACAAAGAAACACCUCCAGGACUUAAGUCCACUGACCAAAGAAACACCUCCAUGACUUAAGUCCACUGAACAAAGAAACACCUUCACAAAGAAUUAUAUACAGUGUCCAUUCAGAUUCAAAGCACAAAAAUACUGUAUCUUCGUCCACAAUUUUUUAUUACUUUCUGCUUUUUGGUGAUACUUUGGUUCCUGUGCCCUCAAUGGUAAUGUUUCUAUGUUCAGCAGCAGCUCAGCUAUUAGAGUAAUUUUCCUGUGGCUGUUAGUCCUGUUGUAACGUUUACCUCCGCAACUGAAUGCCGACCACCUUUCCGGUUGAGGGGGGAACGCACCAUCUUAAAUAGAGGCUGCACCUGCCUGGGGUGUGUGGUGGGGUGUGUGGUGGGGUGUGUGGGGACCUCGAUGUGAUGGAGUCGAACCCACAACCUGAGCCACACGGGACCUAAAUUGGUGGUAGUGGUGGGAUUCAGUUGAGAUUUACCUAAAAUGCAAGGGAAUUCAAUGUAUGGUGCAUGAGUUGCAAUAUCGCAUAGAUUAAUGCCUGAUGCUUAUUCUUUCAACAGACUCUGGUGCUGUGGUAGAUUACGUUUCAGCAAUCCCAAAGUAUUUACAGGUAGAAUGUUUGGCAGUUUGUACAGUAUGAGAACUUCAAUCCUGCUCUGGGCUAGAAAGUAGCUAUAACAUAUGACUCUGUAAUCACUGGGGGAUUUUACCACAACAUAGUGUUCUCCUCUUAUGAAAAAGCUAGCUAGCUAGCACAGCUAUGAUUGAGAUACUUUUCACCCACAGUGAAGGAAACACUUACAGACAAAUCUCAGGGGCAAACAUAGAUCCAGGAAACACAGCCACCAUUCUGCAGCCAAACGUACCAUUGAACCAGUUUAUCUUGGAUGUGAGCAGAUUUCAGCAGUAUUGAUUUACUAGAUUAAUGCUGCAAAAAAUGUUCUAUUGGAAAAAUUGUGUAACUAUAUUUGGACAUACAAUCAACGUUUAAGGACGUACUGUAACUGAUUACUUCUGUUCCCAAAACACUGGCGUUCUCGGUUACUUUAUCAUUUCAUGAAUUUAAAUAAGAUCAAUGCUUUCUGUUGUAAUGAUUUGGACACUCAUCACCUCUCAAGUUCCAUCUUUUCCAUACAUAUUAUUUUUUUUUGCAUCAACUUUGAGCUUCAUGUGAGUGUCCAAGCCAAAGAUCACUGACCAUGAAACAGGUCCCUCCCUAACAGUGCAAUGAAAACCAAUUUAUUGUGUAGAAGUUCAGCCCUGGUGAAUUGACCUAACACAGACCUGAUGAAAGACUGUUUAAAAGCCGCCCUUUUAAGAGAUAAACUCACAGCUAGGCCAACAUGACAACAGCACCAGUAAUGUAAAUGUCCUGCAGUGUCUAUGUGACGUGACAUGACCCAAAUGAUGUAAUCAGCAGAGAAUAUGUAUGGGACUGCAGAGGAGAAAACUAUACGUGAAGAACCACAAACGGGAUAACGCAUUAAUUUGGCUGGAUGAAUAAUGCUGAAUGCCCCUGAUUUAAUAGAACUGCUUAGCAAUGGGAAAGAGUCCAACGGAAACACAAUUCAACCAGCCCUAGUCCAAGUUGCAAUAAAGGCUGCAAUGGAAAGUAGUCAUCAGCACUUUGACAAAUGGGGUAGCUAUAUACAGUGCAUAGGCAGAGUCAUUUGUGUUGUUGAGUACUGGGUAUGUGUGCAUGUGAAUGUGUAGGUAUGUAUGUGUGUGUGCGACGUGUGUGUGUGUUUAUGACUAUCUGCAAUAACUCAGUGUGCGUGCAUACGUAAGUAUUUCUUAGUGUGUCCAUGAGCUUGUCCAUCUGUGUACUUGUGGGAGUGUUUGUGUGGGAGAGUACAGGCUGAGCUGUAUGGAUUAUUAUGGAAUGUCCCAGCCAAAGACCCUUCGCCUAGUGUCAGGGAUUCCCAGCUUGCUUGCUGAGGUCUAUGCUUCCUGCACUUGGCAGGGUGGUAUGGUUCCCGUUAACAUAGAGCAGCUCCCUGGGCUCCUUCCAUCUGGGACCGCGGGACAAUGGUCGUAUCAGACCCCUGGUGUCCCUUUAUAUAAACCUCCACACAGAACUGAGGAGAGCAGGUCAAGGCUGCACUAGGAGAGGGUGUCCAUGUUAGCCACAUUAGCCACCGCCAAACAUGUGUUUCUAAUAAUCUUCAAAGACACAACAUGUGAUUGGGGACAGGAAUAUUGCUGGUUAAUGACGCUCAGACAACGUGCUGUUUUUGGCAACAUGAGGACGUGACGGGGGCAAAGAGGGGAGGAUGAGCUUGGUGGGUUCGGAGAGGGCUGGACUCCACACAGAUGGUGUAUCAUGGUUUCAGCCUCGCUUCAGGUCAGGGACCAACAAAAAAAACACUGUGUUUUGUUACGCCAUGUUAUUAUGGACGUACUUUGUCAUCUGAUCCGUAUUAAUGAUGGCUCGACUCACGGUAGAGUUGCCUUGGCACUGCGUCCCCAUUCAUGUGCCAUCUGUGCGCAAUGCCUGGCGUCCAGGGUGGAAAUAGCAGGAGUGUCCUUUGCCCAUGCCAGCUCCUUGUCACUGCACAUCAUAUAAAAACGCAACAAAUGCUAAAGAUUCGUUUGGCUCAUCUGUUUGAUUUCAGAUGGAAACAAAGACGUGCAAUGUUACAUUAGAGUCAUAAAAGCACCACUCCAUGAACAAAGAAGUUGCCACCGUGAAGCAACCAUCAUGUGAGGAACAAAGGCAAAUGGAUGGAGCGCAAGUACCCAGAACCCCCUCCAAGAACAGCACGGAUCAGUCUACACAGCUUGUAAUUAAGCAAUAAGGCCUGAGGGGUGUGGUAUAUGGCCAUUAUACCAUGGCUAAGGGCUGUUCUUAUGCACAACGCAACGCAGAGGUGCCUUAUUAUAAACUGGUUACCAACGUAAUUAGAGCAGUAAAAAUAAAGGUUUUGUCAUACCAGCGGUAUACGGUCUGAUAUACCAUGGCUGUAGGCCAAUCAGCAUUCAGCGCUUGAACCACCCAGUUUAUAAUAUACAGUACACAUCACACACAAGGCAUAAAACACACCUAUAAGAUCCCAGUGUAAAGUCCCUUUCUUUUUCCCUGCCUUUCCCAACCCCUUCGCUCUCUCUUGCUCUCUCUCUUUCUCUCUGUCUGAAAUCCUGUCUCUUUCCCUUGGCCACUGUGAGUUCUCUUUGGUGGGCAUGGAAAUAUAUGGCUCCACUUUGGCCACAGAUGUCGACCAUUCUGGCCAAGGACCGUGGGAGUGUCACCAUAAUUGAUAAGAGCCCAACAUGAGUUAUUACACCUCGUAUGACUGAUUAGGAUAGUAAAUCAUGAUGUUCACUGCAGGGAGCUAUUGGCAAGAGCCAUUUACAGUCUGUGGUGUUUUGUUGUUGCCAGAGUUGAUCUUAACGGCGUUGGAUAAACAUAAUGGGAAAAAUCUGAUCAAAAUCUGAUCUUUACAUUUUCUUGUAACCCUUUGAUUGUUUAAAGAGCCAAACUUAAAAUGAUUACACUGCUUAAGACUACUACAUAUAACAGUAAAUCAGGUCAUCAUUGGAUGGAGACUCAACACUGGGUGAUCAGCUAUUGACAAGGUUCACUCUGUCUGUGGCUCUUUCUUUUGUUAUUCUAUUUGAUUAAACAAAUAUUGGCUAAAUAUGUGGGGGUUGCAAUGGAAGAGAUCGGCCUUCACAUAUUAUUGAGAUGUUAUUUGUUGCAAAGACUUGGUUAUUUGUGGUGGUGCCUAAACUGCCAGUCAAGGGUGCAGUGAACUUUCUUUCAUGCCAGCUACUUGCUGGCUGUAACCCCACAGCUGGUGUAGAAUAGAGACAUUGAGAGUGCAACUGUGAUGGAAACAGGAAGUUUCGGUACAAUUUAAUAAUUGCAGACAAAUAAUUUGUUUGUUCGACAGGGUGGGAAACCAUUCAGUAUAUUAGGCUACAGAUGAAAUAAGUUACGAUGAACUUCACAGGGUGGUGAGAGUGCACUGUGAUCUUAAUGCUCCUUUCCAAUAAAUAUGGCGGGUCUUAUUCCGGGGACAUGAUGAUUGAUGCUUGACUGCCAUUUGACAAAUAAAAAUAUUCUCGCUCUUAUCCAUAAUAAUCUCGUCAUGUAGAAUAGCCUACCCACACAGCCUACCCUCACUGUAUCUGGGAGCUGUUGGCUAAAGCGCAAGUGCCAAGACCAGAGUAGGCACAUUUGCUAUUUAAUGUAACCGUUUUUGCGACAAAACUAUCGGUAGAGUUAAAAAUGCAAUGGAAACAUAUUGAACUUUUUAUUUUUAUUCGGUACAUGAAAACCUAACCAAAAAAGUACAUUUUGUGUGCACUAUGUCAUCAUGCAUUGAACUUUAUCCCCAACUUUAGUCCAUUUGGUGGAAACACACCAUUGGUGGGAAAAUGCGCAUAUUUUCAUUAUGCAGAUUCUAGAAUAUUCGCAUGUAAAUCUGUUGCCAAUUGGAUGGAAACCUAGCUACUGACGUGUUGUAAAACAAAUUACCAAUGGUCUGAAUGCAUAGCGGGGAAUAAUUAGGGUUGCCAUAUAGGGUCAGCCAUGUUGGAUUGGGACACAGGGCGAGGCUCUGAAGUGGGCAUACCCUCCCCAUCAUUUCCAGUCAGGCUCUGGUAGAACCAGUAUGGGGAGGAGGAAGUGGUGGUCUGUAGCCUGUACAUAAGAGUUGGCAGGCUUCCCAACGUGUGUCAGGAUGGAGACAGACAUGUCUAUGUUCCUUAAUAGUCCGGGGAAUUCACUGGUGAGGGACAAUUAAACACUAUGUUUUUCUCUUCAUCCGUUUCAGUUGCUUUUGUAAGCGAGGGCUAAGCAUCGGACAAUUAUGUCUCAUUAUGAGUUCUGAAUGUAUGGCAUCUGAAAGGAAAACAUUGAAACCCAAAACAAUUAUUCCUCAUAAAAUAUCUCUGAAGAUAAAGAAAGUGUGCACUCCAUAGAACCCAGAUGUGAUUACAGUACAGCGUCAGUCUCAGAGUUGUGUUUAAGUUCACUGGCUGUCUUCACUGAGCACACUUGUGUAGUUAAAGCACAUUUGCUUAUGGUUUCCUUGAGCGGUACAGCAUUGUACAGUACAGUCAUCAUUAACGAGAAACCGAGCUACAUUAUUAACUGUUGUUAUAUUCCUGUAUGUAAUCAUACCUUUAACAUGCCAGCCGCACAAACGUGUCACCAAUCAGUUGUGGUGGUCUAGCCUAUACAGUGGCCAUUAAGUCUCACUCUCAUGCCCUCAACACCCCCCUUCACCCUAAACCAUAUUGUGACGUCUGCUGAAAUAUCACACCCUAUUGCAGAAGUACAGUGGGGGAAAAAAAGUAUUUAGUCAUCCACCAAUUGUGCAAGUUCUCCCACUUAAAAAGAUGAGAGAGGCCUGUAAUUUUCAUCAUAGGUACACGUCAACUAUGACAGACAAAAUGAGAAAAACAAAUCCAGAAAACCACAUUGUAGGAUUUUUAAUGAAUUUAUUUGCACAUUAUGGUGGAAAAUAAGUAUUUGGUCAAUAACAAAAGUUUCUCAAUACUUUGUUAUAUACCCUUUGUUGGCAAUGACACAGGUCAAACGUUUUCUGUAAGUCUUCACAAGGUUUUCACACACUGUUGCUGGUAUUUUGGCCCAUUCCUCCAUGCAGAUCUCCUAUAGAGCAGUGAUGUUUUGGGGCUGUCGCUGGGCAACACGGACUUUCAACUCCCUCCAAAGAUUUUUUAUGGGGUUGAGAUCUGGAGACUGGCUAGGCCACUCCAGGACCUUGAAAUGCUUCUUACGAAGCCACUCCUUCGUUGCCCGGGCGGUGUGUUUGGGAUCAUUGUCAUGCUGAAAGACCCAGCCACGUUUUAUCUUCAAUGCCCUUGCUGAUGGAAGGAGGUUUUCACUCAAAAUCUCACGAUACAUGGCCCCAUUCAUUCUUUCCUUUACACGGAUCAGUCGUCCUGGUCCUUUUGCAGAAAAACAGCCCCAAAGCAUGAUGUUUCCACCCCCAUGCUUCACAGUAGGUAUGGUGUUCUUUGGAUGCAACUCAGCAUUCUUUGUCCUCCAAACACGACGAGUUGAGUUUUUACCAAAAAGUUAUAUUUUGGUUUCAUCUGACCAUAUGACAUUCUCCCAAUCCUCUUCUGGAUCAUCCAAAUGCACUCUAGCAAACUUCAGACGGGCCUGGACAUGUACUGGCUUAAGCAGGGGGACACGUCUGGCACUGCAGGAUUUGAGUCCCUGGCGGCGUAGUGUGUUACUGAUGGUAGGCUUUGUUACUUUGGUCCCAGCUCUCUGCAGGUCAUUCACUAGGUCCCCCCGUGUGGUUCUGGGAUUUUUGCUCACCGUUCUUGUGAUCAUUUUGACCCCACGGGGUGAGAUCUUGCGUGGAGCCCCAGAUCGAGGGAGAUUAUCAGUGGUCUUGUAUGUCUUCCAUUUCCUAAUAAUUGCUCCCACAGUUGAUUUCUUCAAACCAAGCUGCUUACCUAUUGCAGAUUCAGUCUUCCCAGCCUGGUGCAGGUCUACAAUUUUGUUUCUGGUGUCCUUUGACAGCUCUUUGGUCUUGGCCAUAGUGGAGUUUGGAGUGUGACUGUUUGAGGUUGUGGACAGGUGUCUUUUAUACUGAUAACAUGUUCAAACAGGUGCCAUUAAUACAGGUAACGAGUGGAGGACAGAGGAGCCUCUUAAAGAAGAAGUUACAGGUCUGUGAGAGCCAGAAAUCUUGCUUGUUUGUAGGUGACCAAAUACUUAUUUUCCACCAUAAUUUGCAAAUAAAUUCAUUUAAAACCCUACAAUGUGAUUUUCUGGAUUUUUUUUCUCAAUUUGUCUGUCAUAGUUGACGUGUACCUAUGAUGAAAAUUACAGGCCUCUCUCAUCUUUUUAAGUGGGAGAACUUGCAAAAUUGGUGGCUGACUAAAUACUUUUUUCCCCCACUGUAUAGGAAAAGGUCCACUGCUCAAGGGACAAGUCCCAUAUACAGCAUUUGUUCUUCCCUGAAUAAUUUAAGCAUGAUGAAACGAGGCCUCUCUAAGGUCCAGGUUCAGAUGCUGAGGUGGCGCCGAUAUAAAUAUAAUGAAUAGAACGGGCAUCCCCAUUCAAGUCAAUGAUGGCAUAAUGGGUUUUCCUACUAAUUAUUUGCCUUCUUUAGAAAUGUCAUCGUGUUUUCAAACCACAGUAAUGCACUUUAGACCAAAUCUUCAUCAGCGCCCAAUGAGGAUGCAUUGAGUAGAAUGCUCAGUUGGGCAUCAGUCCUAAAACGAACGUUCAAAACAAUAUUGUGAUGCAACGUGCAACCCAUCAAUAGAGUGUUACAGUUCCAUCACAUAUCACCUAGCAACCACACUAGGCACCAUGUUGGAAGACCAGAGUCAGUCUGGUGGAAGUCCUCCAAUCGUCCACAUGGCUGACUGCGUUUUGCUACCACCGGAAACAUUGGGAAGAUUGCCUAUUAUUUUCUUUUUCUAAGGACCCAGAAAAUGGAGGCAGUGGGAGAACCGAUUCAAGUAAGUAAAUAUAUUUUGAAAAUGAGUUUAAAAAACAUGUAUUAUUAGCUAACUAGUUUGCUACAGGAACUUAAUGUGCAGGCUAACUCAAAUGAGCUGCUAAUGUAAUGUUAGCUUGCUAGCUAGCUAACUUUACAUACUGUAUAGCUAGAUAAUUGAAUUAAAUAUCAUCAGAGCGCUAACUUCAUAUUAGCUAGUUAGCUAUCUUGAUGUAUUUAUCAUUGUAAAUUAAAAACACAAACUCAAAAUGCAUGUGUAACUAGGUAGCUAGCUAGCUAAUAGCCAUGGAAGAGGGUGGAAGGAUUAGUAACUCCAGCUGUCAGAGAAGGGAGAGAGGAGUGCUGGUGCCUUUGUGGGAGGACAUUAUGAAAAUAUUCUCUAGUUCCAGUCCCUAGUGAGAAACACUAUGAGGACAGAGAGAUAUAGCAACAUAAUAUUCAGCGCUGUCUAGUUUGAGUAAUGAUGAAGCCUGUUUCUUUGUGAUGUUUUCUGUCCUCAUCAGGGCCUAAAACAAACUUUUUUGUAUACCAGCCACUGUGGCAGGUAGAUAAAAAAAUAUGUUUUACCAGUCCAAAUGUUUUUUGUGUGUCAUAAUUACACAAAGAAACACAAAAAAACGGAUGAGCAUGUUUAGUAAUGUUUCUAAAACAAGAAAUGUAUUACUGGUAAGAAGUAAUGUGGUAUGUUGCUCGAUGUAAUUUAAUAUUCUGUGACUCAGUAUUUUAACAAAAAUCAGACAACAAUGUUUAGCUGCCCCUUUAAGGUUACUUGGCAACAGGACCACUUUAGUUUUCACAUGUGCCUGUGAGGAUGUUACUAGUAGAGGCCAAUGCUGUCUCUUUUUGCUAGCAGUGGGAGAAAACUCAAACAUUGAAAAGCCACCUAGCUUGUGAACAAAACAAUGUAAAUAGCCAAGAAAGAAGAGGAGAAAGUCUCACUUUAGACUAGUAAAUUAAAUCAACUUUUAUGCCUGUGCCCAUUGCUUCUAAAAACAAAUCUUUCAGCACUCACAGUGCUUACAGCCCCCCAGACAGGCAGUGUUGCUGCGCGAGGUGGGAUAGCUAUAACAUUACGAUUCAGAUUUCUUUGUGCAUUACCAGAUAUUAAACAAAAUGGCAAAAAUACUUUGAAAACAGCUACUGCAGCAUUUAUUUUGCUAUAAAUAACAGCUCGCAAUACUUGACUAUUUUUAUUAAACGCUCAUACUGUAGAGCCCGGAGUGGCUGGUGAAUUAGACAUUCUUACCCGACAAUGCCAAAAUCUACCCGCGUUUGGCAGGUGGCAGGUGUUCAUUUUAGGCCCUGGUCAUCAGAUACAGAGAGCUGUGAAACCCUGUACGCAGAUGAAGAGGUCCCAAUGAAUGUCCCAAGAGAAUAAGGGUACAUCCUUGUAUACCAUGGGUUAUACGUGUACCUAUUUUAGCAAAUGUUUUAAACAAAAAUACAGUUUACAGGUUAGGAAGCAUGAGGUUUUUACUUACCAAAGAAACAACAGAAUGUGGUCAAAGACAGUAACAUAUUUCUUAACUUAUUUUCGGAUAUCUUCGGAACUACCCACAAUGCACUAUUUCUCAACGUCAUAUGGAGAACCGGUGCUACCUAGCUAGUUCCAGACAUAGACAUUAAAACCAGGUUCCAGAUGGCUAACAUUAGCUACUAGCCUUGCUAAAUGUAAUUACAUUCCAAACCGAGUUUUGGCGCUGGUGAGAUACUACAGUGUGGAGAACAAGUAUUUGAUACACUGCCGAUUUUGCAGGUUUUCCUACUUACAAAGCAUGUAGAGGUCUGUAACUUUUAUCAUAGGUACACUUCAACUGUGAGAGACGGAAUCUAAAACAAAAAUCCAGAAAAUGACAUUGUAUGAUUUUUAAGUAAUUCAUUUGCAUUUUAUUGCAUGACAUAAGUAUUUGAUCACCUACCAACCAGUAAGAAUUCCGGCUCUCACAGACCUGUUCGUUUUUCUUUAAGAAGCCCUCCUGUUCUCCACUCAUUACCUGUAUUAACUGCACCUGUUUGAACUCGUUACCUGUAUAAAAGACACCUGUCCACACAUUCAAUCAAACAGACUCCAACCUCUCCACAAUGGCCAAGACCAGAGAGCUGUGUAAGGACAUCAGGGAUAAAAUUGUAGACCUGCACAAGGCUGGGAUGGGCUACAGGACAAUAGGCAAGCAGCUUGGUGAGAAGGCAACAACUGUUGGUGCAAUUAUUAGAAAAUUGAAGAAGUUCAAGAUGACGGUCAAUCACCCUCGGUCUGGGGCUCCAUGCAAGAUCUCACCUCGUGGGGCAUCAAUGAUCAUGAGGAAGGUAAGGGAUCAGCCCAGAACUACACGGCAGGACCUGGUCAAUGACCUGAAGAGAGCUGGGACCACAGUCUCAAAGAAAACCAUUAGUAACACACUACGCCAUCAUGGAUUAAAAUCCUGCAGCGCACGCAAGGUCCCCCAUCUCAAGCCAGCUCAUGUCCAGGCCCAUCUGUAGUUUGCCAAUGACCAUCUGGAUGAUCCAGAGGAGGAAUGGGAGAAGGUCAUGUGGUCUGAUGAGACAAAAAUAGAGCUUUUUGGUCUAAACUCCACUCGCCGUGUUUGGAGGAAGAAGAAGGAUGAGUACAACCCCAAGAACACCAUCCCAACCGUGAAGCAUGGAGAUGGAAACAACAUUCUUUGGGGAUGCUUUUCUGCAAAGAGGACAGGACGACUGCACCGUAUUGAGGGGAGGAUGGAUGGGGCCAUGUAUCGCGAGAUCUUGGCCAACAACCUCCUUCCCUCAGUAAGAGCAUUGAAGAUGGGUUGUGGCUGGGUCUUCCAGCAUGACAAUGACCCGAAACACACAGCCAGGGCAACUAAGGAGUGGCUCCGUAAGAAGCAUCUCAAGGUCCUGGAGUGGCCUAGCCAGUCUCCAGACCUGAACCCAAUAGAAAAUCUUUGGAGGGAGCUGAAAGUCCGUAUUGCCCAGCGACAGCCCCGAAACCUGAAGGAUCUGGAGAAGGUCUGUAUGGAGGAGUGGGCCAAAAUCCCUGCUGCAGUGUGUGCAAACCUGGUCAAGACCUACAGGAAACGUAUGAUCUCUGUAAUUGCAAACAAAGGUUUCUGUACCAAAUAUUAAGUUCUGCUUUUGUGAUGUAUCAAAUUCUUAUGUCAUGCAAUAAAAUGCAAAUUAAUUACUUAAAAACCAUCCAAUGUGAUUUUUAGGAUUUUUGUUUUAGAUUCUGUCUCUCACAGUUGAAGUGUACCUAUGAUAAAAAUGACAGACCUCUACAUGCUUUGUAAGUAGGAAAACCUGCAAAAUCGGCAGUGUAUCAAAUACUUGUUCUCCCCACUGUAUGUACAGUACCAGUCAAAAGUUUGGACACACCCGCUCAUUCAAGGGUUUUCUUUAUUUUUACUAUUUUCUACAUUGUAGAAUAAUAGUGAAGACAUCAAAUCUAUGAAGUAACACAUAUGGAAUCAUGUAGUAACCAAAAAAAACCAAUUCAUAAUAUAUUUUAUAUUUGAGAUUCUUCAAAGUAGCCACCCUUUGCCUUGAUGACAGCUUUGCACACUCUUGGCAUUCUCUCAAACAGCUUCAUGAAGUAGUCACCUGCAAUGCAUUUAAAUUAACAGGUGUGCCUUGUUAAAAGUCAAUUUGUGGAAUUUCUUUCCAUCUUAAUGCGUUUGAGCCAAUCAGUUGUGUUGUGACAAGAUAGGGGUGGUAUACAGAAGAUAGCCCUAUUUGGUAAAAGACCAAGUUCAUAUUAUGGCAAGAACAGCUCAAAUAAGCAAAGAGAAACGACAGUCCAUCAUUACUUUAAGACGUAAAGGUCAGUCAAUCCGGAAAAGUGCAGUCACAAAAACCAUCAAGCGCUGUAAUGAAACUGGCUCUCAUGAGGACCGCCACAGGACAGGAAGACCCAGAGUUCCCUCUGCUGCAGAGGAGAAAUUCAUUAGAGUUAACUGAACCUGAUUGCAGCCCAAAUAAAUGCUUCACAGAGUUCAAGUCACAGACACAUUUCAACAUCAACUGUUCAGAGGAGACUGCGUGAAUCAGGCCUUCAUGGUCGAAUUGCUGCAAAAAAAAACACUACUAAAGUACACCAAUAAGAAGAAGAGACUUGCUUUGGCCAAGAAACACAAGCAAUGGACAACAGACCGGUGGAAAUCUGUCCUUUGGUCUGAUGAGUCCAAAUGUGAAAUUUUUGGUUCCAACCGCCGUGUCUAUGUGAGACGCAGAGUAGGUGAACGGAUGAUCUCCCGCAUGUGUAGUUCCCACCAUGAAGCAUGGAGGAGGAGAUGUGAUGGUGUGGGGGUGCUUUGAUGGACCACUGUCUGUGAUUUAUUUAGAAUUCAAGGCACAAUUAACUAGCAUGGCUACCACAGCAUUCUGUUACAUCUGCUCCUGCAACCCCCUCUACUGCUCAUCCUGUGUCUCCUUGACCUGCCGCCACUCCCCCAGUACUCUCUCCAUUUUCCCUCUCUGUGUGUGUGUGUGUGUGUGAUUGUGUGGGCAGAGACAGGUGUGCUGGGGUCAGAGCAGAUCCCCACCAGCUGCAACUUGUUCCAUAAUCAAGUCCUGCCACUUCCAUACUGCCAGAUCGUAAUCUCUGCUCAGUCAGUCUACGGUUCUAGCCAUUUGUUACUAUUCAGAUCCUGUUGUGCCUGUUUUCCUUGCCUGACGCUGUUUUCCUCUCCGUUACAGUUCUGCCCGCUCCGACUCUGGUCCCUGUCUCCAGUUCCACAUCUCGUCAUCCUGCUACUCUGUCCUUGAUUACCCACUCUACUACUCCCUUGGAUUCCCCUCCGGACCUGCUCACCCUGUCUCAACCCCACUCGCUCCAGCCUCAGCCUCCGCACCUGGUUUCCAGCAAUUUCCCCUGACCUGCACUCCAUCGUCCCCCUGUGUUUCAAUAAAUACCUUGGUUACUUCAUCCCAGUCUCCUCGUCUGAGUCUGCUCUUGGGUUCCCCUGUUCCACUCCGCGUAACAGUACGAUCUGGCCAAAGAGAUGAACCCAGCAGACUCUGCUACUCUCCACCAAACCCUCAUCGGCCAAGGCGCCCUGCUCGAGCAACAUCACCAAGCCCUGAAGACCCUUCUGGAGCACAUCAAGGAAUUUUCACAGAGCCUGUCUGACCUACACGGCCGACCCAUCGCCCAGAGCUCACAACCAGUUCCAAGUCCUUCUCCCCCGCUCCGGAAGCCGUUUGUUCCGACUCCCGAGCGUUACGAUGGCAACCUCGUAGCUUGCAGAGCAUUUUUGGUACAAUGUUCACUAAUAUUUGAUCAACAGCCCUACUCUUAUGCUAGCGAACGGGCCAAGAUUUCCUUUCUGAUUGGCUGCUUCCAUGGAGCAGCGCUUUCCUGGGCCACGGCGGUGUGGGAGAGACAGUCCCCCAUCUGCUUCUCUUACUCCAGAUUCACGGAGGAGAUAAAGAAAGUCUUCGACCACCCGGUCUGAGGUAAGGAUGCCGCUAAACGACUCCUGUCCCUCCGUCAAGGCCCCCAUAGUGUUGCUGAGAUGGUAUGUGAGUUCCGCACCCUCGCCGCUGAGAGCGGCUGGAAUGAGGAGGCCCUUCAGGGAGCAUUCCGGAACGUGCUCACUGAGACCCUCAAGGACGAGUUGGUGUCCAGGGAUGAGCCUGAUGGACUUGAUGAACUCAUCUCUCCCGCUAUCCGCAUCGACAGUCUUCUACGUGAGCGUCGGUGGGAGAGGGUAGGUAGGGUUGCAUGUCCCAUAACAUCUGCUUCAGUGCCUUGUCCUCCUUCUUCGACUGCAUUACAUCCCCAGGCUCGUCCAGAUCCUGAACCCAUGCAGCUCGGCCAGGCCCGUCUCUCUCCAGAGGAGAGGCAACGACGAAUCGGCACUAGGAGCUGCCUAUACUGUGGCCAGGUUGGUCACUUUGUCUCCACUUGUUCCCUGCGUCCAGCAAAAGAGGGGGCUCGUUAGUAGUGAGGGAUAUACUGUUGAGCCAAAUCGCCUGCCCAUCUUCCCCCAGACCCCUGCUUGAAUGCAACCUUGUGUGGUAGAGCCAGGCUUUUCCUCUGUCUGCUCUCAUCGAUUUGGGCGCCGACGAGAGCUUCCUGGACAGAGGUGUCAUAACCCAGUUGGGCCUGGACACUGUCCCACUCGAUUCACCCCUCGAUGCCAAUGCUCUCAAUGUACAGCUUCUCGCCCGUGUCUGUGAGAGAACCAUCCCUGUCAUCCUGCGUCUCUCUGGAAAUCACCAGGAAAAUAUCAGUUUCCACAUAAUCGACUGUCCUUACUCUCCCCUGGUUCUUGGCCAUCCAUGGUUAAAGCUACACAACCCACAGAUUGACUGGACUGCCGGAAAGGUAACCACUUGGAGUUCAUUUUGUCACUCUAAUUGUUUACAUUCUGCCCCUCCCCCUGCCUUGUCUGUGUUCCAGAUUGGACGCUUCGUUUUUGUCUAUUUAGAAGACAUCCAGAUUUUUCUCCAAGGACCCUGAGGCUCAUCAGCAACACGUUCGCCAAAUUCUUCAACGGCUGUUGGAGAAUAAGCUUUUUGUUCAAGCUGAAAAAUGUGAGUUCCAUGCUGCCACAGUGUCUGUCCUGGGUUAUAUUAUUGCACAGGGACAGUUACGUAUGGACCCCGCCAAGGUCAUGGCAGUCACAGAGUGGCCUGCGCCCUCCAACCUGAAGCAGCUACAGUGUUUCCUGGGGUUUGCAAAUUUUUACAGAUGUUUCAUCCGGAGCUACAGCCGUCCGGCAGCACCUCUCACUACUCUCACCUCCACCUCCACUCCAUUCCACUGGACUCCUGAGGCAGAGGCAGCAUUCCUGGAACUCAAGCGUCGCUUCACCUCCACUCCAGUCCUUACUCAGCCCGACCCAGAACUCCAGUUCAUCGUUGAGGUGGACGCCUCUGAUACAGGGGUAGGUGCUGUUCUGUCUCAACGUUCCCCCUCUGAUCAGAAGGUCCACCCAUGUGCACUUUUUUCCUGUAAGCUCUCACCUGCAGAGAGGAAUUUGGACAUCGGAAACCGGGAACUCCUGGCAGUUAAGCUGGCUCUGGAGGAAUGGCGUCACUGGCUGGAGGGCUCUGUAACCCCCUUCAUCGUGUGGACUGACCAUAAAAACCUGUCCUACAUCCAGACCGCCAAACGUCUGAACUUCCAGCAAGCCAGGUUGGCCUUGUUCUUCGGUAGAUUCAAUUUCACACUCACUUAUCGCCCGGUUUAAAGAAUACCAAGCCUGAUGCCCUCUCUCGUCAGUUCACCACCGACAACACGGGUACCGAGCCAGAAGCCCUUGUGCCAUCCACCUGCAUCGUUGCCGCCGUCACCUGGGAGAUCGAGUCCCGUAUCAGCCAGGCUCAGCAGAACCAGCCUGAUCCGGGUAACGGUCCUAGUAAUGCUCUGUUUGUCCCAGAUUGUGUUCGCUCUGUUCUUCAGUGGGGCCAUUCUACCCACCUCACCUGUCAUCCUGGUAUGAACCGGACCGUCACCUCCUGCGUCAGCGCUUUUGGUGGCCCACCAUGGAGAGGGAUGUCCGGGAGUUUGUCUCAGCAUGUUCGGUUUGUGCACGGAACAAAACCUCCACUAAACCCACUUCCGGUCUGCUCCGCCUUCUUCUCAUACCCAGUUACCCCUGGUCACACAUAGCUUUGGACUUUGUCACUGGCCUUCCCCCAUCUAACGGUAACUCUGUCAUUCAUUAUUGACAGGUUUUCCAAAAUGGCUCACUUUAUUCCCCUCUCCAAGCUCCCGUCCUCCAGGGAGACUGUGGACCUGUUAGUAUCCCAUGUGUUUCGUCUGCAUGGCAUCCCCACUGACAUCGUUUCCGACAGAGGAUCCCAGUUUACCUCCCAGGUAUGGAGAUUCUUCUGUCCAGUUCUUGGUAUCAAUGUCAGUCUUUCUUCUGGAUAUCACCCCCAGACCAACGGCCAGACCGAACGGGCCAACCAAGAGAUGGAGACUGCCCUACGCUGCGUGACUUCUGCUAACCCUUCCUCCUGGAGCACUCAGCUACCCUGCACUGAAUAUGCCCACAACACCCUCACCAACGCCUCGUCAGGUAUGUCACCCUUCGAGUGUGCUCUGGGUUACCAACCCCCCUUGUUCCCCGCCCAAGAGCCAAGAGGUUGAGGCUGCGGUUCCCUCUGUCCAGGACCAUCUGCGCUGUUGUCACCGUACCUGGAGGAAAGCCCAGGCUGCCCUUCUUCGUGCCUCCGACAGGACCCAGUCCCAAGCCAACCAUCGCCGGAUCUCCGCUCCAGUCUACACCCCGGGUAAAAAGGGUAUGGCUCUCAUCGAAGGACCUACUGUUGAAGGUGGCAUCGAAGAAACUUUCCCCCCGAUUCAUUGGUCCCUUUGAAAUUGACCGUGUCAUUAACCCAUCUGCGGUGCGCCUGAAACUCCCAGCCUCUCUCAGGAUCCAUCUUCCACGUAUCCCUGAUUAAACCUGUCUGUUCCAGUCCCCUGUCUCCUCCUGCAGCAGCUCCUCCACCCCCUCGGCUCAUCGAUGACCAUCCUGCCUAUACCGUCCGGUGGAUUCUGGACGUGCGCAGUCGGGGUCGUGGCUGGCAGUGCCUGGUGGACUGGGAGGGAUACGGGCAUGGGGAGCGCUGCUGGGUUCCCCGCCAUCACAUUCUGGACCCCUCCCUCUUACGGGAUUUCUAUACCUCACACCCAGAUAAGCCUGGGGGGGGGGGGGGGGGGGGCGCACAGCACAUGGAGGGCUGUGCGGCCCCCCAAAGAAAUGCCACCCCACACCAUGACUGACCCACCGCCAAACCGGUCAUGCUGGAGGAUGUUGCAGGCAGCAGAACGUUCUCCACGGCGUCUCCAGACUGUCACGUCUGUCACGUGCUCAGUGUGAACCUGCUUUCGUCUGUGAAGAGCACAGGGCGCCAGUGGCGAAUUUGCCAAUGUUGGUGUUCUCUGGCAAAUGCCAAACGUCCUGCACGGUGUUGGGCUGUAAGCACAACCCCCACCUGUGGACAUCGGGCCCUCAUACCACCCUCAUGGAGUCUGUUUCUGACCAUUUGAGCAGACACAUGCACAUUUGUGGCCUGCUGGAGGUCAUUUUGCAGGGCUCUGGCAGUGCUCCUCCUGCUCCUCCUUGCACAAAGGCGGAGGUAGCGGUCCUGCUGCUGGGUUGUUGCCCUCCUACGGCCUCCUCCACGUCUCCUGAUGUACUGGCCUGUCUCCUGGUAGCGCCUCCAUGCUCUGGACACUACGCUGACAGACACAGCAAACCUUCUUGCCACAGCUCGCAUUGAUGUGCCAUCCUGGAUGAGCUGCACUACCUGAGCCACUUGUGUGGGUUGUAGACUCCGUCUCAUGCUACCACUAGAGUGAAAGCACCGCCAGCAUUCAAAAGUGACCAAAACAUCAGCCAGGAAGCAUAGGAACUGAGAAGUGGUCUGUGGUCACCAUCUGCAAAACCAGUCCUUUAUUGGGGGUGUCUUGCUAAUUGCCUAUAAUUUCCACCUGUUGUCUAUGCCAUUUGCACAACAGCAUGUGAAAUGUAUUGUCAAUCAGUGUUGCUUCCUAAGUGGACAGUUUCAUUUCGCAGAAGUGUGAUUGACUUGGAGUUACAUUGUGUUGUUUAAGUGUUCCCUUUAUUUUUUUGAGCAGUGUAUAUAUAUAAUAUUGCUUUUAUGAUGUGAUAAAAUGAUAGCUAAUCUUUAUGAAUACAUUACGCGUUAGGCUGAUAUAUUACUCUGUGAGAUAAGAUAUACUGAGGGAUAAAAAUUACCUAAGCCUAAUUAAAAACAUUCACAUGAACAUUCAAAUCAUAGAUCACAUAAUGUAAAAUAGAAAUCAUUGUUGUGAAAAUAGGCAAUAAAUGGAUGUUGAAUGAUGAUUAAAUCUAACUACUGGUCUGACAUCUUUAGAUAAUUGUACAUAUUUACUACAUUUUCUCCCCUCACAUCUUGUGUCUAGCACCCAGUGUCCAGGAUGAGCCUUUUCUUAUUGAGGGACUUUCUUGUGUAGUCUCUGUACCUCUCUAGUCUGCAUUGCCGGUUGCAUCACAUGCAUUGGGACCAACUGGACCGUGUCAUAAAGGCACACAGGUGUCAUUUCUAAUGCCACAUACAACAAGCAUUGGUGAGUCAUCAUCUUAUAUAUCUGCCCUAGUUACUUUGGAUUUGAUAUUAUGUUCCUUUGUCUUCUCAUAUGUCACAUUUUAUACUGCUCACCUCACCUCAUGACCAGGCAGUUAUUGUGAAAAAGCUGUCAAUACCAAUAAUUUAUUAUCAUAAUAAUAUAAUAUUUAGCAGACGCUUUUAUCCAGACCGACUUACAGUUAGUGAGUGCAUACAUUUUCAUACUGGCUCCCCGUGGGAAACGAACCCACAACCCUGGCGUUGCAAGCGCCAUGCUCUACCAACAGAGCUACAGGGGAAAUCUAUGUCAAUGGAGAUGACAUGGAGGAUGAGGACUACAUCCCAGCUGAGGAUAAGGUAGAUGAUGUGAUCAUUGGGUGAGGAGUGGUGUGGAUAUUUUGAACUGUGAAUACAACUUUGUUUGCCCUACAGGGUCUGUAAAAAUGUCUGAUGUUAUGAUAAUGUCUGACAUAUUUUAUUCACUCUCAGGGAGCCUGAGGCUUCAGCCAGUCUGGACAAGGAAAAUAAGUUGAUUGUGUUCCAGUCCCAACUGAUGAAGCUUUUCCAAGUCUGUGUUGGGUGUGGUGCGGAGAGUCCAGGGACUAUGUCAACAGCCAGAGGAACAGCGCUCAACAUCACACAUAUCUCCAGGUAUUGCAACCAUUUGAGGGAAUGGUACAGCCAGCCUGUGAUCGGGAGGGUGCCAGCAGGCAAUCUGCUCCUUUCUGCUGCCAUUUUGGUGUCAGGUUGUAUGCCAACCAAAGUCCUCCGAAUGCCGGCAUGAUGGAAGUGGCCACCAUUCACCGCAGCACAUUCUUCCGUCAACAGCAUAACCACCUUAAGCCAGCAGUUCUCAAGACAUGGGAUAUUGAGCAGAGUGGCACCAUCGAAACCCUCAAGGAAAUGGGUGGAGAUCUGGUCUUGGAAGGAGAUGGAAAGAGUAUUAGUCCCGAUCAUUCUGCGAAGUUUGGGACAUUCACUUGGGACAUUCACUGUUGAACAGGAGAGAAUCAACAAGAAAUUGUUCAGAUAAGAUUUUACAGUGCAUUCGGAAAGUAUUCAGACCCCUUGACCUUUUCCACAUUUUGUUAUGUUACAGCCUCAUUCUCAAAAUGGAUUAACUUGUUUUUUUCCUCAAAUCUAAACACAAUACCCAACAAUUACGAUGCAAAAACAGGUUUUUAGAAAUGUUAGCAAAUGUAUUACAAAUAAAAAUAGGAAAUAUUACAUUUACAUAUGUAUUCAGACCCUUUACUCUGUACUUUGUUGAAGCACCCUUGGCAGAGAUUACAGCCUCGAGUCUUCUUGGGUAUGACGCUACAAGCUUGGCACACCUGUAUUUGGGGAGUUUCUCCCAUCCUUCUCUGAAGAUCCUCUCGAGCUCUGUCAGGUUAGAUGGGGAGCGUUGCUAUUUUCAGGUCUCUCCAGAGAUGUUAGAUCGGGUUCAAGUCCAGGCUCUGGCUGGGCCACUCAAGGACAUUCAGAGACUUGUCCCGAAGCCAUUCCUGCGUUGUCUUGGCUGUAUGCUUAGAGUCGUUGUCCUGUUGGAAGGUGAACCAUCGCCCCGGUCUGAGUUCCUGAGCGCUCUGGAGAAGAUUUCAUCAAGGGUCUCUAUGUACUUUGCUCCGUUCAUCUUUCCCUCGAUCCUGACUAUUCUCCCAGUCGCUGCCACUGAAAACAUGCCCACAGCAUGAUGCUGCUACCACAAUGCUUCACCGUAGGGAUGGUACCAGGUUUCCUCCAGACGUGACGCUUGGCAUUCAGGCCAAAGAGUUCAAUCUUGGUUUCAUCAGACAAGAGAAUCUUGUUUUUCAUGGUCUGAGAGUCCUAUAGGUGCAUUUUGGCAAACUCCAAGCGGGCUGUCAUGUGCCUUUUACUGAGGAGUGGCUUCCGUCUGGCCACUCUACCAAAGGCCUGAUUGGUGGAGUGCUGCAGAGAUGGUUGUCCUUCUGGAAGGUUCUACUUCUGGAAGGUUCUACCAUCUCCACAGAGGAACUCUGGAGCUCUGUCAGAGUGACCAUCAGGUUCUUGGUCACCUCCCUGACCAAGGCCCUUCUCCCCCGAUUGCUCAGUUUGGCUGGGCGGCCAGCUCUAGGAAGAGUCUUGGUGGUUCCAAACAUCUUACAUUUAAGAAUGAUGGAGGCCACUGUGUUCUUGGGGAUGUUCAAUGCUGUAGAAAUAUUUUGGUACCCUUCCCCAGAUCUGUGCCUCCACACAAUCCUGUCUCGGAGCUCUAUGGACAAUUCCUUUGACCUCAUGGCUUGGUGUUUGCUCUGACAUUUACUGUCAACUGUGGGACCUUAUAUAGACAGGUGUGUGCCUAUCCAAAUCACGUCCAAUCAAUUGAAUUUACCACAGGUGGACUCCAAUUAAGUUGUAGAAACAUCUCAAGGAUGAUCAAUGGAAACAGGAUGCACCUGAGCUCAAUUUCGAGUCUCAUAGCAAAGGGUCUGAAUACCUAUGUAAAUAAGGUUUUUCAGUUUUUACUAUUAAUACAUUUGCAAAAAAUUCUAAAACCGUUUUUUGUUUUGUUUCUUAGAGCAAUGAGCGAUACGUGGUGUGAGCUGGAGGGGUUGAAGAGGUCUAAACAGUUGGUUGACAGUGCUGAGCUGGUGGUUGGAACCCUCAUCUCUGACCGAAACUGGCAGAUCGCUAAAUGGAUCCGGGAGUACAUGCCAGAUACAAAGCACCACUCUAAUAUUUGGCAUUUAGCUAAAUGUAAGAAAUACUUCGCUUUGUGUCAUUAUAUUACUGGGUAUGGUUAUUCAACUCAUCCAUGUGUACAUUUUGUAUUACCUGUUUUCUACUGUAAUUAGCUCUACGCAAUAAAAUUGACGCACUGGCACUCAAGCGAGGUUGUGCUGAUGUUGGGCUGUGGCAGAACUACUGGUCAUGUGACUCCUAAAGAAAGCAGAGAAAAGAUUGUGCCAAAAUAGAAAGUUGCACUGUACGACAUACAAAAACAACACACCAACCUACCGAUGCCACUCUGCCUUCAUGUCCUCAUACACCACUGCAAACAGAGGAACGGACAAAGGAGUGGCUGGAACCAAGUAAGUGUCCAUAUCCUACAUGUAGUACAUUUUGUUUUUACAGAACAGCCACUCUUAGAAUAUAAUGGUUAAUUCUGUUUUUAAUUUUAAUUCCAGACUCUGGCACCUCAGUGGGGUUGGAGAAGAUUCUAAAUGGUGCCUUGAUCCUGAAGGACAUCUCGCAACUAUACUCUGACUACCAGACAUCAGGGCUAGAGGCGUACCACUCUCUGAUGCUGCGCUUCUUGCUGAAGCACACCGCCUAA